UCAAGACCUUCGCCACAGGCAACACACUCCUUCUCUUCGCAGCUGAACGCCAACUACUCGUGUCAUGAUGACGAACGGAAUCGCUGAUGCGCAACAAAAUGGCGGUGGCCAGGAGGACUCAAAGACCAAUCUUAUCGUCAAUUAUUUACCGCAGCAGAUGACCCAGGAGGAGAUUCGGUCGCUAUUCUCCAGCAUCGGCGAGGUGGAAAGUUGCAAGUUGAUCCGGGACAAAGUGACCGGACAAAGCCUCGGGUACGGGUUCGUGAACUAUCAGCGGGCUGAGGACGCGAGCAAAGCGAUCAACACACUGAACGGCCUGCGAUUGCAGAACAAGCAAAUUAAGGUGUCCUUUGCUCGUCCCAGUUCCGAGGCAAUCAAGGGUGCGAAUUUGUAUGUGUCCGGUUUGCCGAAAAACAUGCUGCAAGCGGAUCUCGAGGCUUUGUUUAGCCCGUUCGGGCGCAUCAUCACGUCCCGCAUUCUGUGUGACAAUAUUACCGCACGACAGUACAGCUCCCCUACUGGGGAAAAUGGCAACGGUCUCUCGAAGGGCGUAGGCUUUAUUCGCUUCGAUCAGCGCAUGGAGGCGGAGAAAGCGAUCAAGGAGCUGAACGGUACGGUACCGAAGGGUUCAACCGAACCCAUCACCGUCAAGUUUGCGAACAACCCGAGCAGCACGAAAACCGUACCACCGCUGGCAGCCUAUCUGGGACCGCAGGCCGCCCGUCGUUUCCCGGGACCGAUCCAUCAUCCGACCGGACGAUUUAGUAGUGCCAUUCCAAACUAUCGAUACUCGCCGCUGGCCGGAGAUUUGCUGGCGAACUCGAUGAUUCCUACCAACGCCAUCGCGAACGGGUCCGGUUGGUGCAUUUUCGUCUAUAACCUCGCACCGGAAACGGAGGAGAACGUCCUGUGGCAGCUGUUCGGUCCAUUCGGAGCCGUCCAAUCGGUGAAGGUCAUUAAGGAUCUGCAAACGAACAAGUGCAAGGGCUUCGGAUUUGUGACGAUGACCAACUACGAUGAGGCGGUCGUCGCGAUUCAAUCGCUGAACGGCUACACGCUCGGUAACCGCGUGCUGCAGGUCAGCUUCAAGACGAACAAAUCAAAGAAUGCGUAAAAUCAAGCGAACCUGCCGCCGGAACUGCUCGCCCACUGGUUGGCACAGCUUUCGAUCGUUGCCGCGGCCCGUUCCAACGCAGCGGAGCAAGAGGAACCGGUCCGGCGAAAGGCGGCGGCAACCCACGAACGGCAACGGCAGCAGGAACCUCUGUAUCUCCGUCAACGCCACCGUGGCUCGGAUCGGGACGAUGAAAUGCUGGACCAUCGGCGCGGCCACGGCGGGUGGAUGAGCGAGCUGAGCGAACUUCUGCGGAUGCGUCCGGUCAGAUAAGAUCCGAUCGGACGGACCUGCUUACCUAUUUAUUACAAUGAGAUUCGCUAGCUCCCAUCCGCCCGUGUGGAAGCGCCAAUAUGUGAGGGGGUGUUCGGUAGCAAAAAAAAUGCAGCAAACUAACCAAAAGCAGGAAAAAAGUAAAUGAAGCGGGAAAAUAGAAGCAGGUUGGCGAGAUGGGGCAAAUGCACACCAGUCGUAGGGAUGGCUGUGCUAGUGAAAAAAUGAGACCGAGUGAAAAGAAAAACAAAAGAGAGAGGAAGCCCGCCUAAGAGCCUAACGAAAACGGAAACCACAAGAAAGCGAAAGCUACACAAACAACCACAAUUCCACACGUUUUGUUUAACGUAAAGCAAGCGUUUUUUUGUUCUGUUCUCGCACUCAUUUCGCCAUUACUAAAAGCGAAACGGACGCUAGGGUGUUAAAAGAAAAGGGAGCUAGGGCAAGAUGCAAUGGGCGAAUUCCGCGGCAAAUCGUGAAAUGUGAGCAAAAUUCGUGCAAUAACUCCUGCUGCCGAAAAAGUCAUUUAGGCAGUCUAAGGGACAGGACGAUAGCGCCACGAGGGUGCUAAGAUGCUUGAGAACACUUUCAGUGUGUGUAUGUGUAUGCGAGUCGAGCGGAUACAGAUGUUACAGUGAUACAGUUUGUAAUCGGAGCGUUGCCACCACGGCAACCUGGCCUGUUCCGAAUGCGGGAAACGCUUAGUUGAAAUGACGAGAAGCGAAAAGAGCGUGGGGUGUUGAAAACUUUGUUACCAUCGCUGGUCAAACUGUGCCAUUUUCGUCGGUACCGCGAAUGGCGCUACGCUAGCGGACGGUGGUGCGAAAAGUGCGCGAACAUACGGGAAGAGGCAAUGGCUGGCGCGUUAAAAGCAACAGGACGGAGAGAAACAUUUUUAGAAGAAUUUUUACACAAGGUUUUACACGAGCAAAAGGAGAGGGCAAACCGCAGAAGGUGAAAUUGCAAACAGAGCAAAAAAAAAGGAGAGUGAACAGGCAGCAUGUGAAUGGAGCGUUACAAACGCCAUGAAAGAGAGAGGGAGAGAGAGCGAGUAAGAAGGAAGAAAAGCUCUACAGGAAUCGAUACACGCAGAGCAAAGGUGCAAAAUGUGUAGCCGCUUUUCCUUUCGCGUGUUUUUUCCUCCCGAUUUCCAACAUCAAGGGAAACCGGGCUGGGAGCAGAGCGCGUUCACUGCGAUCGAUGCGAUGGUUUAGAUUAAUUUUAUUAUCUUCUUUUCGUCCCCAUUUUGCCUGCGUUUGCUUCGUUCGAUGUUCGUUUUGUGUUUUGUGCGUUUAAAUGAGAGACGCUUUCAUUUCGAGCUGCGUUUUCAUUCGCUUUUGGGUUUUUAAAAUAUACUUUUAUGGAACUAUUAGAGGAGUAGGUGGAGGAACAGAAGAAGAAAGAAGAAGAAAAGAAUCACAUAUUAGUGUAACCAUGCAAGGAAGAGGUUAUUUAAAAAUUCUCCCCCUCGUUCCUUAACUGUUUGUGUUUUUUCGUUUGUUGAUUUUGUACGUUUCUUUGCACGCGCACAGAGUGGCCACUUGGGCACAUUUUUUGCGUGAAGCGGAUGUUUUUUUCCCUCACAUUAUUUAUUCACGAUGCAGCGAUACAACCAAACACUACCGACUACUAGCGCGGGAGGUGCUAGUCCUCGGGUUUUCGGGUCUGACAGAACCCGCGAGCACCGAAUAACCACUCUCGAAUGUCAGUAUGGUAUGAUUUUUUGUUCGGUGUUAAUUUAACAUGCUUAGCGUACAUACAUAUAUAUAAUCCUUACACGUGUCGUUGCAGCGAAAGCUAAGCAGCGCUCGAAAGGUGCACACGGGAGCUUUAUCGACACUUAAACAGCACGAUGCCCGGCCUGAGGGCGGUUAGUUCUCCUUCGAACAAGCUGAUCUCAAGUGCGAGCGUUCCGUUGUGCGCCAAAUUCUUUGCUUAAUGGUCACUUCUUUGGUGGUUCAGUUAAUGUUUUUAGUUCUAUAUUCUUCAGUGUACCAGCCGAUCGGGAAGCAUCGAAUGCGAGAGGAGCCUGAGUAAAUCAAUGUAUAGUGGAAAAAAAAGAAAACAAAAAAAGUAUUUUAA